GUGACGGCGGGAGCCAACAGAUUCCUUUGCCUUGUAUGGGUAAAGGCCUCUGAGCCUGGCUGUUGACCUUAUUGGCUGAGUCAGGAACAAGGGAGGUGGUGAAAAGACGCUGAAACGUUAAACAAACGUCCCGGGCCGCCCGAGGAGCAGCACCCGAGACCGAGGCUCACUCUGAAGCUGUUAUCACUCCAGAACGAGGCCAGACGUCUUCAGCCAGGAUGUCCGCAGCCAAGCGCGCCAAGGGGAAGACCACGAAGAAGCGCCCCCAGCGGGCGACUUCCAACGUCUUCGCCAUGUUCGACCAGUCGCAGAUCCAGGAGUUCAAGGAGGCCUUUAACAUGAUCGACCAGAACCGAGACGGCUUCAUCGACAAGGAGGACCUGCACGACAUGCUGGCCUCUCUCGGAAAGAACCCCUCAGACGAGUAUCUGGAGGGCAUGAUGAGUGAGGCUCCGGGUCCCAUUAACUUCACCAUGUUCCUCACCAUGUUUGGGGAGCGGCUCAACGGGACGGACCCCGAGGAGGUCAUACGGAACGCCUUCACCUGCUUCGACGAGGACGGCUCAGGGUUUAUCCACGAGGACCAUCUCCGUGAGCUGCUGACCACCAUGGGCGACCGCUUCACCGAUGAGGAGGUCGAUGAGCUUUUCCGUGAAGCGCCAAUUGACAAGAAAGGAAACUUCAACUACACAGAGUUCACCCGCAUCCUCAAGCACGGCGCCAAAGACAAGGACGACAUCUAGACACCAGGCCCAGCUGGUGUCCUACAGGUGUCCUACAGGAGCUCGGCUGAGAUCAGGCACAGUUCUCAGAGUAAAAAUGCCCAUCUGGAAUCCAAUGUGGUUGUUUAUAUCCUGAUCAAUACAAUUACUGCCUAUUGAGGUGGGAAGACGUGGUCCCAAAUCAACACUUUUACCCUGAGAAUUCUUCUGCAGUUCACUGCAGUUCAAAAUGAUGUUCAUUUUGAUGUAUUUUCUUGUAGCAUUUUUCUUGUAGAAGACUUAAAGCCAGUCAUAAUUCUAGUCUAUAAUUGUUUCCUCAAGCUUGAACACCUCAGUCAAACGACAUGCUCUGUUCAUUUUCUAAGUAAAAAUAAAUUUACAUAAGUUUCA